AUGUCCACGCCUCCAAAGAGCUACCGCGCUGUUCCAGGACUUCUCCGAGUCAGGCUAGCUCCGAUCAACACACACACAACAUACACGACACACGACACACGACACACGACACACGACACACGACACACGACACACGACACACGACACACGACACACGACACACGACACACGACACACGACACACGACACACGACACACGACACACGACACACGACACACGACACACGACACACGACACACGACACACGACACACGACACACGACACACGACACACGACACACGACACACGACACACGACACACGACACACGACACACGACACACGACACACGACACACGACACACGACACACGACACACGACACACGACACACGACACACGACACACGACACACGACACACGACACACGACACACGACACACGACACACGACACACGACACACGACACACGACACACGACACACGACACACGACACACGACACACGACACACGACACACGACACACGACACACGACACAUCAUUCUCAACGUACCUCUGCCCUCUUGUGCAAGCUAAUAACUCCACUCCCAGGGACAUUACUAAAGCGAGAAUGAACCACCAUGCCGCGCCGCCUGGAGUACGGUGA